AUGGGACGCCCUUUAACGUGCACUAAUACACGGCAGGCUUUCGGACGAUCGCGACCUCUUUUGGCCAUCUAUUGUCUGCACGUUCUGUUUCCGUGUGCACCUGAAUCCUCUAUCAAAAUCUUCCUCAUCCCGGCCUCUAUCAUCGCAACCUUCACCACCUCCCCAUCCUCACUAUCGCCGUUGCCGCCGUCUACUCGUAUCAAAAAUAGACACCAUUACCGUCGGUUCCAGCAGGAGGUCCUGCAUUGGUCUUCGCCUCAGUCGUAUACCAGGGCAACUCCGAGCGAUUUCGCUGCUGUCAUCAGCAACGCCAAUAGUAGAAAGAAUUACACCAGCAACGAAAGACAUCUUCGAGUGGGUAUUCGCGCGCUCGAUGGUGCAGGUGCUCGUCGGACGCUGACAUUGUCAAAGACCGACGCGCUGUGUUUGCCAGCUGGCUUUGCAUACGUCGGGCAUCCCAGAAUUUGUCAAAGUGGUAUAACGGGACCACCUAAUAGUGUUGAAGCGAUAGUGGAGUGGGUUGGAGGUCCUCCAUUCUUACGCCUAGUUCCCUCACUUCGUCGAACGAACCCGCAUCAACACAACUCGCUUUCGUCCACAGAGAGAACUUCAAUCUUGCUGCUCUUCGGCAGUAUCGAGAAGAUGUUCAAAUUGCAAGCUUUUCCGCCGACAGGUCCACCUGAUCGUCAGCAGCAGGAGCCUUCCAGGCCAGGCUCAGAUGGGAACAAAGACCGACACAUGCCUGACGCCCUCGAAGGUCGUGGCGGCCAUGUUGGUGAAGUUUUGGUGUCGCAACCUCCAAUCCAUACGGAUCCUGAGCAACUCGAGUGCCAUCCAUGGUGUUCUGGUGAUACCACGAGCAACGCCGAUGUACCCUUCGGCCAGCAGUAUGAUAGUGUUGAAGCCGAGCACGAGAUGGAGAAGUCUCCACAGAUUGGCACACGCCCUAAUGUCCAAGGCUCUGAUGAGCUUCAGCAACAAUCUAUCAUAGACGAUCAACGCCCAGCUUCAGUCACAGCUCCGAGCAAUCUUUUGUCGUCGAUGAUAGCCUGGACUCGUGUCCAGGAAUGGCAUGGGACGCUCCCAACUACGGAAACCAUGACAGUCCUUUCGAUCGUCCCAUGA